CAGACGCCAUGGCAGUGGAAUUGGACUUUGAUAGGAUAUUGGCGAAGUGCGGCAAUAAUCAUCGCUACCAAUAUCUAUUGUUGGUAUGCACUGCCCUCAUAUUGGCUCUAACUUCAAGGCAUAUUUUCUCCCAAAACGUAAUUGGUUUCGUACCCGAUCAUUGGUGCUAUCACGAAGAGCUGGAGAAUCGAACAUUUGAGGAAAUCAAAUCCAUAUACUCGCAAUUCGAGAGUCCUUCGUGUACACGGCUCGAUGCCAUCGAUCUAGUUAGCGGCAAUGUGACAAUAAGUGAUAAGAAAUGUGAUCGCUGGAUAUAUGACUACGAUUUCGAUUUCGUUAGCAUUAAUGCCGAGUUUAAUUGGGUGUGUGACGCAGCUCUCAAGGGAAGAGUGGGACAGAGUCUCUUCUUUGUGGGUUCCAUGUUUGGGACAUUUUUCUUUGGGUUAUUGGGCGACCGAAUUGGACGUAUUAAGCCACUUAUUAUAGCAUAUUCAUGUGGCUUUUUGGGUGAUUUCGCCACUAUAUUUGCCCAGAAUCUAACUGCGUACUCAAUAACUCGCUUCGUUUCCGGCUUAGGUUCGGGAAGUACAUAUCUUAUGUACAUACUAACUCUAGAAUAUAUUUCACAAUCGCUGCGUCAUAAAGGCCUAACCAUUGUGACUGGCUUAUUUUUCUCCUUGGGAUUGAUAAGUGCAUCCUUGCAGGCUAUUUAUGUUGGCCACUGGCGCGUCUACAUGGCUUGGUCGGCUUUCCCCCUUUUGCUGGUUAGUCUCUUUUAUUUCCUACUACAGGAAAGUGCUCAAUGGCUUAUUACCCAAAACGACAUCGAUGGAGCAAUCAUGAGACUGCAAAGAGUGGCAAAAUUCAACAGGCGUCAAGUUAGUGAAGAGGAUUUUGAGAGUUUCCGCCGACAUUGUGCCGAGACCUCCAAAGAGUUCGCAGAAAAGCAAACAACGCUCACGGAUGCUCUAAAUACACAACGUCUAAGAAAAACCAUUAUUCAAGUCGUGAGUUUUUUCAUGAUCACAACAGUUCUUAAUGUCACCAUGGCUCGCAAUGUGGAGGGCGUCGGAAUCUCGCCCAUAAUCUUGUUGUCUCUAAAUGCACUAGCUCUGCCAUCAUCGGCAUUGGUGCAGGCUCACCUUCAACAACGAUUGGGUCCCAAAGUCACAAUUUUGAUUGUUUUGCUUACCACUGGGAUUCUGACACUGGUCCAUGUGUCUCGUGCCAAUGUUCAGUUCUGUUCAGAGCUAAUACCCACCUGUGUACGGUCGCAGGUGCUAUCGUUGGCUCAUAUUGCUGGAGCAGCUGCAUCUAUCUUAUCGCCUUACAUAAUUCAUUUAGACAUCUACUUAAGAGCAGCUCCUUCGAUAAUACUGUGCCUAUUUAUAUUCAGCAGUGCUUGGAUCUGUUUGCAUUUGCCGGAGACGUUCAACAAAAAGUUACCCAUAUCGCUGGCCGAUGGAGAGGAGUUUGGUGUAGGAGAGCGCAUGUUUGAUUUCCUGAGAAGGACCAAAAAAGUCGAUGAAGUUAGUGAGAGUCCCGAGACUCAACAAAAACUAAUGGCCAAAUAA